CAAAUUUGUUGAAGCAUUGUCAAUGAGCAGUCAUCAAGAAAGAGGAAGUAUUUAAACACGGCGUUCAUAGUAUAUAGACAUACAGCUCCAUGUUUACUUGAAGGACGUAAUAAUAUAUAAAGUUAAGCAUGAUAAAUAUUACUGAUUAUGGCGAAGUCCUCCGGAACAGAGAUUUGGAAAUUUAUCUUAGCAAUACAGUUUUAAUCGUUAUAGGCACGGUUAUAGGAUUUUUUGGAAACUUUACCGUAAUAUUUUUCUACUUGGUUCGAAUUAAGGAGCGAGGUGAGCGUUAUUUUAUUCCUCUGUUGGCCAUAGUUGAUUUGUUUGCAUGCUUAGCAAGUUCCCCGUUCAUUAUAAUGCACAACACAUUCUUUUAUAAUUAUCCAAGUGACAUAGUUUGUAGGAUUCUGACAUUUUUACAAGUGUUCAUUUCCGGAUUGUCUGGGCAUAUUCUAUUGGUAAUUUGUUUUCAAAGAUACCUUUUAGUAUGCAAACCUUAUGGGCCAAAAAUGACACUAUUUUGGAAAAAGAUGUCGUUUGCACUUGCUUGUGUGUUUUCAUUUGUUUAUUCUAUACCGCUUAUAGGAUUAUCAGGAAAUAAAACCACACAUGAACAUUUUCUGAAUCAUACAGUGGAAACAACGAUUUGUAAAUUUUAUGCCGUAGAUUCUUCAACAAAAAUAUCAGCUUACUUCGGUUUUCUUGGUUUAAUCAUGGUGGCUAAUAUUACAAUUACUGCAGCGCUCUAUAUUCCAGUUCUAAGUAGAAUACAAGUCGUUUUGUCUGGAAAGAUUGUGAAAGAUGACCGCCACCGGAAAAUAUCAUCUAAUACUGAAUCGUUAUCUCGGUCAACAAGUUCCAUCGAAUCCAAUACAAAAACUUUAUCAAACUCAACAACAAAAAGCGGAAUUCAGGCGACGGAUCAUGAUUCUAAGCCCGAUGAGAAGGCAUGUUUUAACAAUUACCCUAAUAAAGAGCCCUCUCCGGAUGGUGGUGCAUAUGAUACAUCUUUCAAUAAUACCACCAAAUCUAAAGAAAUAGUGGCUGCGAACAACGAACUUCAACCGGAGGGCAUUUCAAAAACUAGAAACGACUUCGCAAAAAGAAGAAUAACAGUAAUGUUUUUUGUCAUAAUUCUCGCCUAUAUUUUAUCAUAUCUACCCUCUGUGAUUCUUUUAAUACUUGCCUAUGCAAUAAGAGAUUUUAAUUUCAUAUCAUUUACAGAGAGCGAAACAAUUGCCUGGACAUAUCUUUCACGCCUCGUUUUUCUUAACCACAUAGUGAAUCCCUUUAUAUAUAGUUAUUUCGAUGUAAAGUUUAGAACUGAAUUGAAGACAAGUUUCAUGUGCAAACGUUAAGUGAUCAGUAACAGUUAAAACUUAAUUUUAAGAAUUCAAUCUAUUAAAGAGAGGUGGAAGAUACCAAAGGGUCAUUCAAAUUCAUAAGUGAGAGACAAACUGCCAACGCCUUGGCAAAAAACGAAAAACGACGAAAAGACAAGCACUAGUCUACAAAAUACGACAAACUAAAGACUGAGCAAAACGGACCCAACCAAAAUAACCAGGAGUGAUAUCAUGUGUUCCGGAAGGGUAGGAAUAACGUGCCCCACAUGUUGCACCGGUCGUGUUUCUAAUGUAAGUACAACUUGGAUAAGUCUCCUUCAGUCAUAUUACAUUCGAGGAAAAAAUGACGAAAUUGUGCUUACGAUAACUUAAUCUUAUCUGUCGUUCAAGCAAAUCGUAAUGGCGUUUGUAAAAUUUUUCGAAGGAAUAAAAUCAACUUCACUACUUUAAAAGACUCUAAGAAGUUUAUUAUAAUAAAAAUAGUAAACGCAUUAUUGAUAGUUGAAAAGCAUGGGUUUAAUUACAACCUCGAAUGCACUUAAAAGAUACGUUUCCUCAACUAAUAGUUAUCAAAGGUAACAGGAUUAUAAUCUAAUACGCCAGACGCGCGUUUCGUCUACCUAAGACUCAUCAGUGACGCUCAGAUCAAAAUAGGUAUAAAGCCAAACAAGUACAAAGUUGAAGAGCAUUGUUGAAAAAAUAUAACAGUUUUAUAUUUUUUGCAAUUGU